UCAAAUACCAACUACUCGAAAGUCGAAAACUGUUCGAAGGAGCGCGUGUUUACUUGGCGAUCACGCACGUCCGAUAAGAGAUACACUUCCGGCGGCAUGUGCAGCGUGUGCUGUGCAGUGUGCGAAAGGUAAACAAUAGGAUUGUCGACGACGAGUAACGUACGACGAGACGAGCAGAGCAGAGGAGACAAUCGAGAACAACCGAGAGGACGGACAUUUCGAUUUUUCGGCGAAGAGGUGUCACCUCGACGACGGCAAUCAAGGGACAAUCGUAGGGAUACGGCAAGUCACUACAGCGCGGUAGAACCUAACCUCGUUUCGCCACCACGCUGCCCAAGUAUGAGCCGGACCUCGCGGAGAAUCGUCGGAACGGUGCCGCGAGGAUGAGAGCUGCCGACCGUCUCGUUCCAGGGACAUACAUACGCGAGGAACGAGUGUCGUCGAUCGAGCGCCGAUCCGCACGUGGUCGGUGAUCGGUGUCAGCGCGGCAUGGCCAGCACGAGCGAGGAAGGAAGAAUGUGCGACAAGUGCGUCAUCGGUUACUGGGUGCCCGAGAGAAAACGACAGAAGUUCAACUGGACCGAUUUCGAGAACAUAUGCGAGUCCGAGGGGUUCCGGUUGAAAAUGAUUGAUGUGAAUUUAAGUUUCGAGAAGCAGGGACCACUACACGUUUUCUUACACAAGCUGACAGAUAUGCAGUCACAUGCAGAGAGUGGAGAUAAAAAUGCUGAAGAUAUUGUUUUGCGACUUCAAGAAUACAUUGCCAAACAUCCAGAUCUGAUUAUUAUCGAUCCUCUGGACAAUAUUAGAAACUUAAGUAAUCGAUGUAAAUCUUACGAAUUUAUACAAGAAGGCAUUCGGUUUAAAGUUUUAUUUUUUUCAGAUAUAUUUACUCCUAACUUUGUAGAAAUGAAGAGCAAAAAUGUCCAUGAAAUAGCAUCAACAUUAAAAAAGCGUGGCAUCAAAUAUCCAUUUGUUUGUAAGCCGCUUAUUGCAUAUGGCUCGAGUGAUGCGCACAAGAUGACGAUUAUUUUUAACGAAAGGGACUUGAAAGACUGUCAACUACCUUGUGUUGCUCAGGAUUUCAUUAAUCACAACGCUAUUUUGUAUAAAUUAUUUGUGGUGGGCGAUCGUUUUCACGUAGUCGAACGCCCCAGUUUUAAAAACUUUUACGAAGAAGACUGUAAUUUGUUGAGUACAAUAUUCUUCAACUCGCACGAUAUAUCGAAAAGUUGCAGUAGAUCUAAGUGGUCUAUACUGUCCGAAGAAGACAUUCCUUUAACUGUGAAGCCAAAUUACCAAAUAUUUGAAACAAUUGUUAAGAAUAUUCGAGAGAUAUUUGGUCUUAUUCUAGUUGGAAUAGAUGUUGUAAUUGAAAAUCAUACAGGGAAGUACGCGAUAAUAGAUGUUAAUGUAUUUCCUGGAUACGACGGCUACCCGAAUUUUUUUCAACAUUUAAUAGAUAGUAUAAAAAAAUUGUUAGUAGAGCGAGAAAGUGUCAGACAAAUCUCCAAGGGUUGUACAUUGAAAAAGUGUCAGAGCGAUGAUCUAGACUCUGGCUUUGAGAGUGACGAGAAGAAGAAAUAUUCUACAAAGUGAAUAUGUACUAUGUGAUGGUUAACGUUAAUUUUAGAAUAAGCUAUAUUAGAGUAUUAAUCGCGGCGGUAGUAUCAGUAUCGGCAUUAUUUUGUAUUUGUCUAUACAUUUUUUAAAUGAAAUUCGGCUCUCUUAUAACUUCAUGCGUAUAAUUCUAUCAGGUAUAAUAAUUUUUUGAUAAUAAGUUUUGUAUUGCGAUCUUUAAAUUACACUUCGCGCAUUGCUAAUUU